AACGUUAAUAUCACCAAUGAGAAUAAUAUCUAUUUCAUAUGGACGUCAACAUAUUUAAUAAACAAAAAGCCGAAACUGUGGCAAAGGAUGUUAGUUUGUGAGAUUGUAAACGUACAAAUGGGCCGACAGCGGUUCGGUUUUGCAUCAAAAUCACUUUCCACAGGUAGACUACUACUACCAUACAGGUAUGAUUGCGCAACUUCGCCUUUAAAGUACGCUUAAAGUUUUGUGUUUAGUACAACCACAAUUCGCGAUUAAUAAACAUCUGUAUAGGUAUCGGCCGUUACGUUAACAUCUCCAAUUCACAGCAUAGUGUCGCAGAAAUAUAAAAAAACACGCGAUGAUUUUAUAAAUAAUAAACAGAAAAUGGAAGGCAAAAUAUCCCACAGUGGACUCCUCGCCAGAAGUCCAGAAGGACAUGCCGCUCGCGGCAUGCAAAUUAAAGGAAACGAAGACGUGUGGGUCGAAAUUCAGGCAAACACAUUUCGGAAUUGGGUUAACGAACACCUACCCACCAAUUUAAGGGUUAGAGAUUUAUCGCAGGAUUUGUGCUCGGGCGUUACCUUAUGUGCUUUGGUCGAAGCUCUCCAGGGACAUCCCAUUAAACCUUCAUGGAACAAGCGACCUGUGAAUCAACAUCAUUAUUUGGAAAACGUUACCGCCGCUUUGCACGCUAUUGAGCAGGAUGGAGUUAAACUUGUUAAUAUUGGAAACGUCGACAUCGUAAAUGGAAAUUUAAAGCUUAUACUGGGCUUAAUUUGGUCUUUAAUUGUACGCUACCAAAUUGGCAGAUCGAAAUUCCCUCCACGCAAGCUAAUGCUGGCUUGGUUGCAAGCCGUGCUUCCCGAAUGCAAAGUUAAUAAUCUGACAACUGAUUGGAAUUCUGGAAUACUACUAUCCGCACUUAUCGACUAUUGUAAACCGGGAUUGUUCCCUAAUUGGAGAAAGCUAGAUAAAAAUGAAAGCAUCGAAAAUUGUCGGAGAUCCAUGGGAAUCGCCCAAAAGGAUCUGGGCAUUCCGGCGGUUCUCGAACCUGAGUACCUAGCAUCGCCGUGGCUGGACGAGCUGUCCGGUAUGACAUACUUGUCCUACUUCAUGAAACCAGGAUCGCCAGGAUUCCACGCCACCUUGCGAUGGGUCAAUUCUAGACUGGAGCGGUCUAUUAAGAACUUUACGUCCGAUUGGAAUGACGGCAGAACAAUCUGUGAAAUUGUUCGAUCGUUGGGCGGAUCCGCACCUUCGCCCGAUAAACUGAGAAGCGAUCCAAGCUAUUGGGAGUCCAAUUUACAACAAGGGUUAGAUGCAGGGAAAAGGCUUGGAGUCGAGCCUAUUCUGUCUGCCAGGGAUUUGGCGGAUACUCACGUUGAGCAUCUAGGCGUGAUGGCUUAUGCUGCUCACUACCAAUGGAUCCCAGAGCGUCCACCUUUACACGAUCUCAUCAAUGUCAGAUUAGACAGCACGUCUGGACGAGUUGGAGAACCGACUCACUUCCAAGUGUCGCUAUUGGAUUCGUCGUUAUCUUACAGAAGCUUAUCAACGGACGUUAAAGCGCCCGACAAUAAAGUGUACGUGGUCAAGAACCUAAACCAAGGCCGCGGUGUGUUUGUGCCAAAUAAAGUGGGAAUGCACGAAAUAAUAGUUUCCUACGAUUCGCAGGAGGUAUCCACCGGUCAUUAUUUCAGAGUACUACCGCCUCUUGUUGAAGUUGCGCCUCCAGAUAUGGCACCCUGCGCGCUUGGUUCACUGGUGCAAGUUCUCGUCAAUGCAACUGGUGCUCCCAGAAGGGAAGACAUUCGAGUGAUAGCUUACAGUCCACAUGGGCGGCCACUAAAUUGUCCCUUAACUACCAUCGAUGGCACGAACAGCGCCACGUUCAAACCGGACGAGCCCGGUGAAUGGCGAAUUGAAAUUACGUACCAGGGCAAACAAAUACAGGGUGGCCCUUUUACAUGCUCUGUAUUCGAUCCUAAUGGAGUCCAGGUGUCUGGUUUGGAACAAGCCUUGCCGUUAGUACCGCAUAUUAUUGACGUUGAUUGCACUGCGGUCGGCGUACCAGGCGAAGUCUUUGCUGACAUCGUACACGACAAAAGAUCAAUCCAUUGUCGCAUAGAAAGAGCAGAUACGGCCGGGUUUGUAUACAGAAUACAUUUCACGCCAAAAACCCCCGGAAAGCAUAGGGUCUACAUCUAUUUUAACGGAUACGACGUGAAAGGUUCUCCGUUCAUGAUGAGGGUCGGCACGCAAAGAAGAUCAAAAUCAUCAAAUAGCAGUCCAAACUCGACGUAUAAACAGAGUCCGACUUUAUCGAGCAGACUUAACACUCCAAGCCCCGUUACGAUCAACUCCACAUAUAACUCGAACAAAACCUCGAAAUACCGAGAAAACAGUAGCCCUAGUUUCGGAAAUAACUACCAAAAGCUGGUAGUAACAGACAGUAGACUAUUAUCGAGCUCUCCCAGUUUCGAUGACAGGCUCAGAGCGAAUAGUCCCGGACCAAUUCCACGUAUCAGCAGCCCCUCGCUUGCUCCGCGCGCGCAGAGUCCCAGCUACAACAGAGCCCAAAGUCCCGAGUACAUCACAAGCAAGAGACUGAACGAGAGACGACACGAAACUCCAAGCCCCAGCUUCGCCAAGAGAACCGACUACGACACGUACACAAACAAGGUAUCGUCCCUUCACGUCUCCGAAUCGCGCAGUCCAAACUUCAUGGAACGCGCCAGUCCAAAUUUGGGAUACAGCUCAACGUCCCGUUACGACAAAACCGAAAGUCGCACGUACACGAGUAAUAGCAAUUCGGGCGUUGAUACGACGCCAAUUAUUAAAGUGUCGGGAGCGAACGAGCAGGUUUCGGCGAGGCGUGACUCGUGGGACGCUAUUGCUAAAACACGCAAUAUGUUAUCGCAUCGCAGCUUAGAGUCCGUUGCUAAUUUAACGGAACCCCAAUUAUCUACGGAAUUGCACCAGAGAACUGACGAUGACAGCGAAAGGCUCGUUAAACGCGAGCAGAGCUACAUGCAGAAUUAUUCGUCAAGUACGCAGAAUUACGACAGUCAGUACAGGACGGUAAGCAAGGCAGGUGGUGCCUCCGCUAUUAAAGUGCAACCUGUCCCUGAUGGUGUCUUGGGACAACCUGUUGAAUUUGAAAUUGACGGAGGCGGUGCCGGUUCUGGUGAUUUGGAAAUCCUAGUGGAAGGAGGUAGGGUGACGUCGAGCGUUAGAAGCCUAGGCGGGCAGCGUUUCAAAGCUGCCUUUACACCACACCAAGCGUUAUCCCAUCGCAUUGACAUUAGGUUCAAUGGCGAAACUGUACCAGGAAGUCCCUGGCAUGUUAACAUCAUGUCGAACUCUUCGGCGUCCGUACUUGGAGAAUCUACGAGACUUGUCGCCGCUAACACGCCGGCGGUAUUCGAAAUAAUAACGAAUAGCACCUCCGUCAUUCCCGAAGAUGUCUCGGUGCACGUAAUAUCACCGGCUAAAAGAGUGGUGCAGGCUCGCGUACUACCCGGAACCCGACCGGGUCUGCAGAGUGUCGAAUUCAUUCCGACUGAGGUCGGUACACAUAUUGUCGAAGUGACUGUGGGCGGUGAAAAACUGUCAUCGCCACUAAUUGCUAAAGUUUAUGAUGCCGGACUCAUACAGGUGGCUGAUGUUAAUGGAGGUGUCGUGGGGCAACCAGUGCAAUUUCGAGUGGACGCUAGUCAGGCCGGUGAAGGACAGCUGGAAAUUUCGAUAAACGAAGGAGAAGUCCCGAACCACGUGCAGGUUGUUGGAGGAGGUCGUUGCCUAGUGUCGUUCACACCUGAUGUUGCGAAAUCACACUUAAUCGAUAUUAAAUUCAAUGGAGAAACAGUUAGAGGUUGUCCUUUUGUCUGUCCGGUCGCCGACACAAGCCGAGUCACUCUCAGCCUAUCGCAUCUGGAGCUGAUCCCCGUUAAUCAAACGAGCUCGUUUCACAUGGGCGUCGCGGGUGGGGGCGCCGCCGAAUUGGCAGUCGCCGUUCGGGGCCCGGUGGGAGAGCUACCCGUGAAAGUUACCGGCGAUAUACAUUCGGGAUUUACAGCUGAAUUUACGCCGACCCAAGUCGGUGCUCACCAAAUUAACGUGGAUUAUAAUGGGAGAGCGGUGCAAGGGACGCCAUUUAUAGCGAAAGCUUUCGAUUCGACCCGAGUGACUGUGGGGCAUGUAGCGAGGGGGACUGUGGGACGACCGGUGACAUUUUCGGUCGAUGCCGGUGAGGCGGGUGAAGGAAACUUAGAAAUUACGAUAUCGGCGAGGGGUUUAAAUAUACCAACGCAAGUGCAUCCCCAGGGAAAUGCGAGAUUUGCAGUUAGUUUUGUGCCGGCCGAAUCGUGCGAUCACGUUAUUAAUGUCGCUUUUAAUAAGCGACCGGUCGUUGGGUGUCCGUUAAUUGUUGGCGUGGGCGGUGGAGGAAGUGGGCCUAGUGUUACUUUGCCCGGACCCGGACCUAUACAUAAACCCAGCACUUUGUUAAUCAACCAUCCCGGGCGACUAGAGGAUAUUGAAGUAAACGUUGAGGGCCCAGGAGGUCAAUCGGUCCCUACUCAAGUGCAACCUCUCGGUAAUGGACAGUUCCAAGCGGAGUUCGUGCCAAGAGCUGUAGGCGAACACAGAAUCGCAGUAAGCGUCAACAGCACCCCUACUGCCGGAAGUCCAUACGCAGCUAAAAUUUAUGACGUUCAGGCAAUUAAGGUGAAGGAAGCACCUACAGGAGUUGUCGGGAAGCCUGUUAUGUUUUUAGUUGAAACGAGUCAGGCAGGUCCAGGCAAUCUGGAAGUGACAGUAAACGGCGGCAGGGUACCUACUUCCGCGCAAGCGCAAGGCCCUCACACCUACGCCAUAUCGUUUACUCCCCGAGAGGCAACAACGCAUUCCGUUGAUUUGCGUUUUAACGGUCAAGAUGUACCCGGAAGUCCGUUUAAGUGUAACGUUGCGCCGGCUGCGAGAAUUAUCGCGCCGGAUGCGCUCGAUAAAAUCUCGGUCGGUCGUCCGUGUUUAUUUGCAGUUGAGAGUCCUUCUCCACCAAUUGUUGAGGUCUUAGGCCCUGCAAGGCGGUCCGUGCCUACUCAAAUAGUUCCACAAGCUGACCAGUCCGGCAAGUUUGAUGUAUCGUUUACUCCAAUUGAAGUCGGUGAUCAUAGUGUUGAGGUUCGACUACCAGGAGGACACAUAGAAGGCAGCCCAUUCCUUGUUAAGGCCUACGAUGCCAAUCGCGUUAGUGUUACUGACAUAAUGGACGGAACGGUGGGAAAACCGGUGUCGUUCAGCAUAAACGCGUCGCAGGCGGGCGCGGGAAAUUUGGAAAUAAUUGUUGCCGUUGCCGGACGGAAUGUUCCCAAUUUUGUACAGAGCGAAGGGAAUGCGAGAUUUAAAGUGAAUUUUAAACCAACGGAAGCUGCUGUGCAUACUCUAAGCGUAAGGUUUAAUGGGCAGCCUGUACCAGGAUCACCGUUCAGUUGUAAGGUAAUUCCCGGAAAUACUCAAGCGCGAAUACCGGUAUCGGGCGCUGGGAUUGAGCUCGCAGCUGUGGGACAGGUCGCCGAAGUGAAACUGGAAGGCAUCAUAGGAGCCGAACCGCAAGUAAUCGUCACGUCGCCAACGGAAAAAAUUUUAAACACAAAUAUAUCUUUAUCUGGCAAUACCCAUACGGCGACUUUCAUUCCGGAAGUGGUAGGACGACACUCGGUCGCGAUCCUAAUAAAUGACCAGCACGUGAUUGGAUCACCAUUCGGUUGUAACGUCUACGAUGUGAAUAAAGUGUUUGUAACUGGCCUUCCUGGUCAUAAAACGGACAUGCACGACCUCAGAGACAUGAGUCUGCAAGAUAAGUCAUCUGCUGAGGUGGGCAAGGCCGUUACGUUUAGCGUAGAUGCGGCGCAAGCAGGCGAGGGUACUCUGGAGUUAGUUGUGUCCACCCAGCACACAACAGUAAAGGCCGAGGUGGUCGCUUGCGCGCGGGGUCUCUAUGAUGUUACCUUUGUACCACACUCUAACGAAGAUCAUUAUGUUAACAUUACAUUUAACGACAUGUCGGUUCCGGGCAGUCCAUUCCACUGCCCGGUUAUCGAACCAAUGCAAUACGUACAAACAGGAGGAUUGGUUUAUAUCGAUUUACCUAGUGAUCAGCACGAUGUUGAAAUCAAAGAUCCGAGCAAUCACAGUGUGAAGUACGCCGUGCACAACGGGAAAGCAGAGUUCACAGCGAAUCUCACCGGUACUUACCACGUCCACAUAAUUCGAAUGCACGAGGUUAUCACGACACGAACUGUUCACGUCUUCAGCAUGUCAAAAAUCGAUAUAGUCAGCGCGCCAGAGGCAAUUUGCCAUCGACCCGCAGUUGUAGGUGUCAAUAUUAAUAAGGCAGGUCCCGGCAAGCUCACUGCAUUAGUUAGAGUAGCAAAUCGCGAUGUGCCCCACAGCGUACGGCAGAGUGUCAAUAAUUUAAAUAUAUGGGAGAUCGUCUUCCACCCAAUUCACGCCGCGCCGCAUAGAAUAACGAUUCUGUACAAUGGAGUUCCAAAACCGGGCGCACUGGAAGUGCCGGUUAAAGCACCAGGAAAUGAACCGUGGGCCGGUGGAUUGGGACUGUUUCAGGCGAGAGUCGCUAAAGUUACAUCCUUCCACAUUGACACCUUCGGUAGACCGGCAAGGGAAUUUGACGUCGUCGUCAGCGGCCCUACCGGAUCUGCGUUGCCGGUUCGAUGCUAUCAAACGAAAACUGGUAAGCUACAGGCCGAAUUUACGGCACGGGAAGUUGGCGCGCAUAAAGUGGAGGUUCUGCAUCAAGCGAAGCAAUUGAGUGGCAGUCCGUUUACCUGUCAAGGUUUUGAUAGUGAUAGUGUUAGGAUACAGGAUAUUCCUCAGUCUCAAAGCAACGUUGGGGAACGCAUUAGCUUUAAUGUUUCAUUCAAAAAUAGCGGAUCGGCCGAGCUAGAAGUCGUCGUUACAAACCCAAUAGGUCAGACGAUUGCCGUCAACGAGAUAGAAAUAGAUGAGACGUUAAAAGAAAUAUCAUUUUUACCUUACCUCCCCGGCUUAUAUCAAGUAACAAUCACAUACGGUGGGGUAGCAGUUAAAGGUUCUCCAUUAGCCCUUGGUGUUGGCCCCGUGGGCCCCGUUCCGCCACCGAGAGCCCGGUAAAGGACUAGAAAGUGCACUGGAGAG